CUCAAGUGGCACAAACAACCUUGCAUGGCACAAAGCAAGCUGGAUAGCAGGGCAGGAAGAGAGGAGCUGGUUGCUGGAGGAGAGGGGCUGAUCUCCCUAGGAAAGGAGGAGUUGGUGGCGGCAUUGGUACUGGCCGAGCAGGCUCCUGUGGUCGCACCAAGCUUCUCUGGAGACAGAGCUCUGCUAGCUCAGUUUCAGAGGAGACCUCCCUGCAUGUCCUUCCUGGUCGUCCCCAUCAACAGCUGGGCCAGCGGGGGCCACGCCAUGGAGCCCCCACGCAGCCCCACAGCAGCCAUGCUCUCCAUCUCUCCUCCAGUGGAUUUUGUGCUGGGGGCCACGGCUUGCUGCAUGGCCUGCGUCUUCACCAACCCUCUGGAGGUGGUGAAGACCCGCCUGCAGCUGCAAGGGGAGCUCCGCUCGCGGGGCACCUACCCUCGCCAUUACCGGGGGGUCCUGCACGCCAUGGUGGCUGUCAGCCGGGCUGAUGGACUCCGGGGGCUCCAGAAAGGCCUGACAGCCGGGCUGCUCUACCAGGGACUGAUGAACGGUGUGCGCUUCUUCUUCUACUCCCACGCCGAAGACAUCGGCUUGACGCAGCAGCCGGGCGGGACCAUUGUGGCGGGGGCCGUGGCCGGGGCGCUGGGGGCCUUCGUGGGCAGCCCAGCCUAUCUGGUGAGUCUCCUGGUGAUGCUCUGCCUGGCAAGCCGAGCUGGCUUCAGGGCAGUGGGCAGCCUUGUGUCUCUGUGACCCCUGCUUUGUAGCAAGUAGAAAUAUGUUAUUUUGUCAUCUGAACCUUGCACACAGGCCAUUUCUCAUUAUCCCCAUCUUGCAGAGCUAGAACUGAGGCAGGCAGAAAGCUGGCCAAGCCCCACAAAUCUGCAGCAAUUCUGUUGUGAACCCGUGUCCUGUUUUGCCCGUGCAUCAGGCGGCUCCCUUUCACAUGGCUUGCUCCCAUUUUACAGAGCAGGAAGCUGAGGCAGUUGGCCUCUGGCCAUGAACUGUGCUUGUGUCAGAAAGGGGAUUUUUCAGCACAGGUCUACCACAUCUGAGGCAUUCCUGUUGCGCCUCUCUUGCUGUGUCUCUCAGAUACCCGCUGGUGGUCUGUAGAACAGCUGUGGCGUCCCCCACCCCUUGCUCAUUGAGAGCCAGAGUCCUGUAGUGGUUAGUCCUGGACUAGGAGCAGGGGAGAGCUGAGUUCAAAUCCCCAAACAGCCAUGAAGCUCACUGGAUGAUCCCUGAAAGUAUAGUCUUGAGCCAGUCUCAGUCUCACCCACCUCACAGGGUAGAUGUGGGAAUAAAAGGAGGAGGGAACCACAUAUACCACUGCUGUGUCCUUGGAGGAAUGGCAGGACAGACACGGAAAAACCCUGGAGGGCUGAGCAGUUUCUUCCACAAACAGCUACCAACCACCCCGGAAAAUGGCUGCUGGUUGCUUGGGUCUGUCUGUCUGUCCAACCGUCCGUCCUAGAGCUUUAGGACAGACCAGCCCUGUGUGGGGUUGCAAAAGUUGCUCUGCAGCAUUCUGAGAAGCUGUUCCUGUUUUGUAAAGCUGCCAAGAGUCUUGUCCCAGCGAAGGCAGGCUGUGAAAUGUGUUUGGGCAACGUAGGAGCAAGAUUCCCAGGGGAUGGCUGACCUUCUCACAGCCUCCUCCUUGCCCAGAAGAGAGAUCAAGUGCACCAAUUUGGGGCAAUCUUGCUCAUUUGUGCCUGGGAUACAGAACCCCUCUUUGCUAGAGGGUUUUUUUUUAAGUGCAUGUGAAAUGCACGGCCUAUCAGUCGUGAUCAAGCUUGUCUCUAGCGUGUUUUGGGCUGCAAUUCCCAUUGGCCUUAUCCUGAUGCCGGAGGAGCCUUUCUCCACCCACCAACCUGUGGUCUGAACAAGAAUCCCAAGUAGCUCAGAGGAUGCUGAGGUCCGGCACAGAAUGAAGGGAAAGUUGUGCACUUUAAAAGAUACGGCACAGAGUGAGCACCAAUGAGGAAAAGAUGGGGGGUGGUACCUAUUUUUCUAAAGACCUGGUGGUUAAGACAUGCUUAGAGAGCUGGGGGCAUAGAGGAAGGGUGGCUAUUUUGCUGUCUGUGUUACAGCCUAACACACCCUUUAGAGGAGCACAGGACUUCUGAAGACGAGGCCAAGACCUGGCAAUCAUAGGAGCCGACCCAAUAAAAUAUUUGAAGGGGCUCCUUCCCCCCCCCCGAAAAAUCUGAUUGGCGUUGCCAUUCAAACGUGUGUGCUGCAUCUUGUGAUUAUGUGGGAUGGGACCUACCUGGGCCCCCUCCCCAAUAUUUUAUGCAAGUCGGCACACCUGCUGGCAGGACCCCGCUAAACUCUAGCAAAAUCUCCAGUAUCCACACUGCACGGUUCAGGGAGAAGCCACCCACUGGGCUCCAGCCUGCCUGAAAUGAGGAUCCACUUCCUUGAGGGUGAGGCGGACCGUAAGCCCUCCGUAAGCCCCUUGACCUAGGGGCUGGCCGUUGGAAAGAGGAGCUGCGCCGCACCUUCCCGGGGUGCUCGAAAGUCUGAUCACCAGCCAGGUAGAGUUAUGUAACUGUCCCCAAGGUACCUCUCCAGGGUGUUGACAGAGCAGAGAAGGUGGAGGCGUUAUUGUUGCCUGCAAGGUCGGGCAGAGUCCUCCUCUUUCUGCAAAGGAGCCAGUGGUUCAAACAAUCUGCGGUGGGGGGGGGGGACUCCCGCCACCCGCCUCUGCUCUCGCUGACCUUUCUCCUCUGCUUGCGACUCCAGGUCAAGACGCAUCUCCAGGCCCAGACUUUGGCCGCCAUCGCCGUGGGGCACCAGCACAACCACCAGGUGAGCUGGGGGUCAGGAUGGUGGCGGCGAUGAGGCUUUGGGGGGUGAAUUUGCAGGGGGUGGCCUCUGAGUGUGUGUGUGUGUGUGUGUGUGUGUGUGUGUGUGAUGUCUAGUCUGUUGUGUAUGCAGGAGGAAGACAGAAAACCGUCUUCUAUCAUGCCAGGCCACCUAGCCAUCAGCUGCCAAUAGGUCUUUUUAAAACUGGGAAUGACCUUCUGCAUGCAGAGCAGACGCUUUAGCGGAACCUCCCCCCCCCCCCAGCUGGGACCAUUUAAAGGGGAAGGGGUUUGUUGCUGCAGAGAAGAGGAGCAAGGAUUGGUAGACACAGCCAGCCGGGAAGAAAGCACUGGGUGAGCACACCCAAGACCUUUGGGCUGAGGGCUACCAUGCACUGGCACCAUCGUCUGGGCACUUUCUGUAUAAACAACAGCCAGCCAAUCAGCAGCCACCGUAACUGCCAGGGCCGGCCCUUCCAUUAGGCAGGGUGAGGCAGCUGCCUCAGGCGGUGCUUGUGGGGUGGUCAGCAGCAGCAGCAGUGACGUGUUACGCCUGUGUGUGUGUGUGUGUGUGUGUGUGUGUGUGCCACUUCUUCCUGAGGCUGCAAAAUGGCUUGGAGCAGCUCUCCUUGUUGACCACUGUCCCGGGUCCUAGCAGUCGCCGCAGAGGAGGGCUGAUUCAUUGACAAAGAGGCCAGAGGCGCCCCUAGAGCAGGGAUGGGCAUCGCAGUGCCCUUAUAGGUGAUGGCGUUGGACUCCAACUCCCAGCUGCCAAGACGGCCAAGGAAGGGCCAUAGCUCAGUGACAGAGCUUCUGCUUUGCAUGCACAAUGUCACAGGUUCAAGACCCGGCAACGUCUCCAAGUAGGGCUGGGGGUGACCCCUGUCCUGAAGCUCUGGAGAGCCACUGCUGCCAGUCAGUGUAUAAAUGAGACAGACCUAGAUGGACCCAUGGACUGCCUCGGUAUAAGGGGUGGUAUAAGGGAUGGCCAGAGCUGAAGUCCAGCGAUAUUGUCUGGCUUUGCUCAGCCCUGUUCCAGCCAACAGGGGCUAUUCUUAUUCUUCCAGAGGGUUCUGAUAUGCCCACCACGCCAAUAUUUAGUGUACCAUUUUAGACAGCUUAAUGCAGGGGGCAGCAAACUUUUUCAGCCAGUCUACUGUCCUUCAGACCUUGUGGAGGGCCGGACUACAUAUUUUUUUGGGGGGGAAGGAACAAAUUCCUAUGCCCUACAAAUAACCCAGAGAUGCAUUUUAAAUAAAAGGACACAUUCUACUCAUGUAAAAACACGCUGAUUCCCAGACCGUCCACAGGCCGGAUUUAGAAGGCGACUGGGCCGAAUCUGGUCCCCAGGCCUUAGUUUGCCUACCCAUGGCUUAUGGCAUGUUAGAGGCAGACUCUGCUUCCUCUUCUUUCAUCUGCCCCGUUAGGUUUAAAUUUGGAUUAUGCCUGGCCUCUGCCGCUGAAUUUCCCCUACCCCGUUCCCAGGGCAGAACGGAACAGGGGUGGGGGGCUCUCUUGCUUUUAAGGAGAAUCUCAGCCCUCUCACUUUGCCAGCCUGAGAACCAAGCGAGUGUUUUGCAGCAUCCAGAGUUGCUGAAUGGGAGGAGUUGGGGAAGGAGGCGAGAGGGCAGAGGGUGACGUUGGCUUGUUCCUGAGCUCAGGUGACGUCAGUUUUUUGUGCCGCUCCGCACGGAUUGCUUUCCAACCACCUCAGCAUGUUUGUUUUGCAAAACACGGACGUCCUCCCUGCACCCUCCCCCUUGGCCUGAGCUCCCUCAGCUGGCUUCUCUCCCAGCAGGGAGGCGGAAGCAAAGGGCCCAGGGGAAGGGACCUACAGCUGUGCCACUGGUGUGUGCUGGUCCCAGGCCCAGCGGGUUCCUGCUGAUGUGGCUCCCUUUGCCCUCCCUGGCACAGGGCAAGACCCUCUCUCCCAGAGCCCACCCACCCUCAGAUCAGGAGAUUCAGAGCUCUGGCCUGGAUAGUAUCCACCACACUCCAUCCCUCACCUGGUUCAACUUGUGUUCAGGUGUUUUAUGCAGAGUAAACCCACAGCGUUCAAUAACACUGUAAAUCAGAGGUAUGAGAUUCAUACCCUCCAAUAUUUCUCCAAUGAAAAUAACAGCUUCUAGAGCCUAGGACUUGCCGAUCAGAAGAUCGGCGGUUCGAAUCCCUGCGACGGGGUGAGCUCCCGUUGCUUGGUCCCUGCUCCUGCCAACCUAGCAAUUCGAAAGCACAAAAGUGCAAGUAGAUAAACAGGUACUGCUCCGGCGGGAAGGAAAACGGCAUUUCUGUGCGCUGCUCUGGUUCGCCAGAAGUGGCUUAGUCAUGCUGGCCACAUGACCCAGAAGCUGUACGCCGGCUCCCUUGGCCAGUAAAGUGAGAUGAGCGCUGCAACCCCAGAGUCGAUCACGACUGGACCUAAUGGUCAGGGGUCCCUUUACCCUUUAUUCAGCAGCAACAACAACAACAACAACUGGGUUGCCCCAAACUCUGGGGGGGCUUCCAACAUAUAUAAAAACAUAAUAAAACAUCAUUAAAACAAACUCCCUAUACAGGGCUGCCUUCAGAUGUCUUCUAAAGGUUGUCUGGUUACUUAUCUCCUUCAUUGACAACACCCCAGAGGACAGGAUCACACUUCAAAACGACCUUGACAGAUUAGAGAACUGGGCCAAAACAAACAAGAUGAAUUUUAACAGGGAUAAAUGUAAAGUAUUGCACUUGGGCAAAAAAAAUGAGAGGCACAAAUACAAGAUGGGGGACACCUGGCUUGAGAGCAGUACAUGUGAAAAGGAUCUAGGAGUCUUGGUUGACCACAAACUUGACAUGAGCCAACAGUGUGACGCGGCAGCUAAAAAGCCAAUGCAAUUCUGGGCUGCAUCAAUAGGAGUAUAGCAUCUAGAUCAAGGGAAGUAAUAGUGCCACUGUAUUCUGCUCUAGUUAGACCUCACCUGGAGUACUGUGUCCAGUUCUGGGCACCACAGUUCAAGAAGGACACUGACAAACUGGAACGUGUCCAGAGGAGGGCAACCAAAAUGGUCAAAGGCCUGGAAACGAUGCCUUAUGAGGAACGGCUAAGAGAGCUGGGCAUGUUUAGCCUGGAGAAGAGGAGGUUAAGGGGUGAUAUGAUAGCCAUGUUCAAAUAUAUAAAAGGAUGUCACAUAGAGGAGGGAGAAAGGUUGUUUUCUGCUGCUCCAGAGAAGCGGACACGGAGCAAUGGAUCCAAACUACAAGAAAGAAGAUUCCACCUAAACAUUAGGAAGAACUUCCUGACAGGAAGAGCUGUUCGACAGUGGAAUUUGCUGCCAAGGAGUGUGGUGGAGUCUCCUUCUUUGGAGGUCUUUAAGCAGAGGCUUGACAACCAUAUGUCAGGAGUGCUCUGGUGGUGUUUCCUGCUUGGCAGGGGGUUGGACUCGAUGGCCCUUGUGGUCUCUUCCAACUCUAUGAUUCUAUGAUUCUAUGAUCCUUGGCUCGGGGUGGCAUAACUCCAUAGCCUCCAACAUUUUUCUGAUGCAAAUAGGCACAUCCUAAGGAAAAAUGGGACAUUCUGGGAUCAAAUCAGAAACCAGGAUGGCUUCUGUAAAUCUGAGACUGUCCCUGGAAAAUAGGGACGUUUGGAGGGUCUGCAGAUUCAUUGGUCUGUGUGCUGUACCUGCUUUCCCUGGCCAAGGGCAUCCUUCCAUCAUGUGCCCAUGAGGUCAUCCGUGGCCAUGGAGCCAAAGUCAAGGGAAAUGAAACUGGACCACUUGGCUCUUGUGUCCUCUGGCGUUCCUCAGUCUUGCUGUGGCUUAUGUGAAAUCCAGAUCCCCCAUUAGAGAGGAAGACCACUUCUGGGGUGAGGGGGCAGAGCCAGAGCAUGCCAUUUCACCGCUUGGGGUGAAAGAGGACCAUGCCGCCUGCCCUGGGCAUGCAGGGGCCCACAGGGGCGCCACUUCAGGGUUUUCUGCCGCCCAAGGCAGCUGCUUCACCCUGCCUCAUGGGUGGACCAGGUCUGGGUGGGGGGAUUACCAGCUGGGGAUGGCUUUGGACCUUAAGUGGGCCUCAAUUUCAGCCCCAUGGAACCAAGAGAACAGUCUUCAUUUCAUUUCAGAGGUACUCCCCCUGCAAGAUCUCUUUCUGCAUUGCCUCCCAGUACGUUUCCGAGCACAAUUCAAAGUGUUGGUGCUGACCUUUAAAGCCCUAAACGGCCUCAGCCCAGUAUACCUGAAGGAGCAUCUCCACCCCCAUCAUCCAGCCCAGACACUGAGGUCCAGCUCCAAGGGCCUCCUGGCAGUUCCCUCACUGCGAGAAGUGAGGUUACAGGGAACCAGACAGAGGGCCUUCUUGGUAGUGGCGCCCAUCCUUCAGAUGUGAAGGAAAUAAGCAGCUAUCUUAUCUUUAAAAGACAUCUGAAGGCAGCCCUGUUUAGGGAAGUUUUUAAUAUUUAAUGCUGUAUUGUUUUUAACACUCGAUUGGGAGCCGCCCAGAGUGGCUGGGGAAAUUCAGCCAGAUGGGCAGGGUAUAAAUAAUAUAUUAUUAUUAUUAUUAUUAUUAUUAUUAUUAUUAUUAUUAUUUCUCCCGUCUGCUUCAUGCAACAACAGCCUUGGUGGGUGGGUCAGGGUUGUUGUUGUUUUGUCCAAAGCAAAAUGGGUCAGGAUGGGUGCCUCAUGUGCUCUUUGGUGUCCCUGGUAAUUUGGACUCCGUCGAAACCCUUCCUGAGCCCCGCAGGAGUCUGGAGUGCAGCUCUUCAUCACUAAGAGAGGAGGAACUGCAAUUUGACCUCGUAGGCUUGGCCCCUUUGCCUUCAGAUUAAGUCUGGGUUGAGCCAACAGAAGCAGAUGGUCUCUCGCUGGCAUGAUGGUGUUUCUCUUUGAAAGAGAGAGAACUAAGCUACAAAACUAGUCAUCCUAGUGGUGCAAGCAAUAAAACUGCUAGCACAUUUGCAAAGCUAAGCAGGUUUCAAAUUGGAUAGGGGAUAAGGGACAGUAAAUUGGAUAGGGGACAGUAUUUUAAGGGGGGUGGACCAAAUGGCCCUUGGGACUCCAUCCAUUUCUACAUUUCUAUGAUUUAAUGCACAUCACCUCCAAAUCCUGGGAACUGUAGCUCUGUAAGGGGUAAACUAUAGUUCCCAUAUUUAUGGGGAGGAUCUGCUUGAAGCCUGAGAAGGGUGUGGCUUUCCUUCCUGCCUCCCCCCCAGACUGAGAAGAGGGGGGCAAAGCCGCAGAUGAGUGUCCUGCCACAGUGGGACAAUGCAGGCAGCUGCCCCUGCUCUCUGCUGCCCCCUGCUGACUAACCCUUGCAGCUUUUCUCCCCCUGCAGAGUGUCUCCAGUGCCUUUGAGACCAUCUACAAGAAGCAGGGCCUUCUGGGACUGUGGCGAGGGGUGAACGGGGCCGUGCCUCGCGUCAUGGUGGGCUCGGCCGUCCAGCUGGCCACUUUCGCCUCUGCCAAAGAGUGGGUCAGGAAGCAAAAGGUGAGGAGGGGGCCGGAAGGUGGGGGAGAUGGUCCGUGGCAGUUGCAUGACUCUGGUUUUGUCAAGGUCUAGCUUAUCAGCAGCGCCUCAGACCCACCCCGUCCUAAACCCCUUUCCAAGAUGAGCCCUGCCAGUUUGUUCAAUUCCUCGAUCCUCUCACCCCUUCUAUACCCCACUUGAUCCCUGCACUCUGCAGAGGGUGGCCAGUUCAUCAGGAAAUCCGUUCCACACAGGAUAGGAGCGGGGCCUUUUGGGUGGUGGCACCAACCCCUUGGAAUUCUCUCCCAUUAAAUGUGUGACAGGCGCUGUCUCUGUUGCCUUUUGGCACCUGCUUGAACACCUUCCUCUUCCAACAAACCUUUUAAUUCAAGACCUUUAUCCUGCUUUAUCUUUACAUGGUUUAACUGUUUCAUCGCUUGUGUGUUGGCCAUCGUGGGCUGCUUUGGGGAGGAAGGUGGUAUAUACCUUAAAUAAAUAAAUACAAUAUUCAGCCUUUGUGGCUUUUCCUGUUGCUCGAUCCUGAUGCUGUCAGAGCGGGUGGGGUGGGGCCGACUCUCCCCCCCCCUUACUGUUGCCCUCUUCUGCCCACAGUGGUUCAAGGAAGACAGCUGGAUGGUGGCGCUUGCUGGUGGCAUGAUCAGCAGCGUGGCUGUUGCUGUGGCUAUGACACCCUUCGACGUGGUGAGCACCAGACUCUACAACCAGCCAGUGGACGAGCUGGGCAUGGUAAGUUCUCUCAUGCCAGGGGUGGUCACUGGCAGCCUUAGGAACCCCAAGAAGCUUGUGGAGGGAGGUGAGGAGUUUCAUGGCUCAGAAGCGGCCUGGGGCUAGUUCAGGGAUGGGGAGCAGCUGCAGCCCCCCAAGGUGUUGCUGAAUUCCCAGCUCCCACCAGUCAGCACAGUCAGCUGUCAAGGAUGGCGAGAGGAGUUGCAGCACCCUUGUUCCGCGGCCAUGGGUCCUGCUUUUAACCAGGCUCUCUCCCCUCUGCCACCCACAGGGCAAGCACUACCGCGGCUUCUUCGACUGUGUGGUGCAAGUCACUGGCAAGGAGGGUGUCCUGGCCCUCUACAAGGGCCUGGGGCCUGCCUACCUCCGCCUGGGACCACACACCAUUCUCAGCCUCCUCUUCUGGGACGAACUGAGGAAAUUCACCUACCAGCUCCAGGGGGCUUGAAAACCCUGCAAGAGAAGAUGACAUUUCCAGAGAGAGGGGCGCCUGCUCUCUUCCUCCCUCUCCCCGCCUCACUGAUGGGACCAGAACUUGGGGUGGGAGGCUGGUCUUUUCCCAGGCAGCUUUGGAAUGAAGAGUGGGACUUUUGGCGCUGCCUGUCCUCUUUUCCCUGGACCAGAGGUCUUGGGUGGGGGGCGGUCGUACAGCCCCUUCUUCCAGGAGACAGUUGGGAGCACCUGGUCCUUCCCCAUCUUGUUUUCUCACUCAUCGUGUGACACCAGAGAAGUGGCCUCCAAGAACCAACUUUGUGGUUUUCUGAAAAGCAAGAAUUGCAAACACACACUCUGUGCAUGAGAAGGACGGUCGCCCCUGAGCCAAACAGCAGCUUCACAUCAAAGUUACCUUUUUUGGGAGGGGUGAGGCUGCUCAAGGAGGGGCAUCCCCAGACUUGCUGCAGCUCCGCCUGUGCAGAUUUGGGUGUUGGGUGGCUUGCAAACAGUAUCCUGUCCAUUCCCUGCCUUGGGACACGCACUCCCUGCAACCAAAGGGGUAGAGAAUGGGCACCAGGCGUUAACAGACCAAAAUAAAAGGGUAAAUGGCAUGAGAAGGCUGGAGUUGGGGAAGGUACUGUAGCUCUGUGGCCUCCUUGCCAUUUGCAGGCAGUCCCAGGUUCAGUCUCCCAGCCUGAAACCCUGGAGAGCUGGCAACAGGUCUGUUUUGAACCUCUGAACCCAUCAGAUGGGAGUUCGAGGAGUGCAAGCAGGAGAGCAGCUGUGGCCACUUUCAGGAACAGCAGAGCUGUGUUUUGGGUCAAGGUUGAAAUCCUCCGGAGACAUCUGCGACGCAGGCAACGCCUUAGCCUCUGACAUUUGGACCCUGCCAAGUUCCCGUCUGUCCUCCUUGCACCUUGCCAAGAGCAGAGCACCCCCCCUCCCUCCGGGACUGGGAAAGGGGGGGUGGCAGGUUUGCUCAGCAAGGUGAUCUUGUUUCCUCCAACAGCUGCUGUAACUGGAGCCCAGUGGCUGGGCAGAGCUCAAGCCCAAUAAAGAUUGUUUCUACUUUGUUGUAUUUAUAGCCCUCUCUCAGGAGGUGUCAUUUGGAGGGGGGGUUUCCAUGGAUGAGUAGGCAAUGUUCAGUUCAGCAAAUAGGUCUGGGGGUGGAUUCUAAGCCACAUUAGGCCUCCUUGUCCCCCACUUUCUUUCCAGGGGAGUUGGCAGGGAGCUCAUGUCCCCCACCAGCACAAAUCUAGAAAGUCAACCAUGAGCUGCUAAAGCACCUUUAGAAAGUCAGGAGUGGGAACAAGGGCACUGCCCUGCCCCACAAGGUUGUUGUGAGGGUCACUCAGACGAUGGUGUGUGUGGUGUAGUAAUAUUGGGGAGCGCUAAAUAAAUCCCUUUGUGCAAACACUGUCAGAGAGAGAGAGAGAGAGAGAGAGAGAGAGAGAGAGAGGGAGAUGGAAUCACAAUGUACUCUCUUGCCUACACAGAACCCACCUGUACAGCCCCACAGGUAAGAGCCUCCUCAUUCUAUGUUCUCACUUCUUAUCUCUAGUUCACUUUUCCUCCAAAUAAGCUCAGGGAAGCAGCAAAAAAGGACCGUUCUCCUCCACAUUUUAUCCUCACAGCAACCCUGUUAGGCAGGAUAGGCUGAGAGGGAGCAAUUGGCAGUGCGCUUCAUGGCUAGGUAGGGGAUUGGAACUUGGGUCUCCACUGCAAUAGCCCGACACCCUCAAAACCACUCCAGCCCAUAGCUGUCAACUUACAGAUUUGAAAAUAAGGGACCAGCAGCCUCGAAAAUAAGGGAUCAGCAGCCAAAAUAAGGGAUUUUCUGGGCACAGGUAUGUUCAACUUCUGAGCCCCUCCGAGCUAAAGGCAGAAAGCCCAGCCAGCAGCCAAACGAAGCCUCAUCAAUAAGGGACAGCAGCGGGACAUGGCGCUGGGAUAAGGGACUGUCCCGCCAAAUAAGGGACGCUUGACAGCUAUGCUCCAGCUCACUGGUGCACCAAGUUCAGUUUUUUCCUCAAGCAAAGGUGGGAGAGUGCUGCUGCUGUCUUCAUAUCCCACUUAUGGGCUUCCUCUGGGCAUCUUGUUGCCCAAGAAGCAGCAUGUUUGGGGAAGGGAAGAGGGAGUUGUACACAGGCUGGGCACUUCUGAACAGCAGCUGGGGGACAAACAGCCGCACCCACCUGUGGACUUUCAGCUUUGCACAUAAACAGGCACCUUCGUCAACGUCACACCACAACCUGGAAUCCACCGGAAGGUGCCACCUCACCAGGUAUACACUGUUGACUCUCUAUAGGUGCCCUUGGCUGAAAGCUCACAGGGAUGGGCUGGUCCCACCUGGUGGCACUUCUGUAGGAUGGGAACAGGUAGCAAGGCACACAGAAGGGCGGAAGGGAGCUCAGCACGACUGUUGUCAUCAGCAAGGCCAGCCUUUGUCAAUCUGGUGCCCUCUGAGCUAGUUGGACUACAGCUCCCAUCAGCCCCAGCACCAUGCAGCUGUGCUGGCUGGGGGCUGAGGGGCGCUGUAGUUCAAAACAUUGGCUUGAGGAAGGCCGAGGUGCACAAAUAGCAAAAGAGAAGCAGCAGAGGAUAGUCAUCAGCCAACAAUGCCGCCCUGCUAACCUGUUUAAUCUGCCUCGCACAAAGUCCACAAACCUCUCUCCUGCCAUCUAGCAGAAGGUUGUAAAAUAAAUUUCUCUAUACGCAUGAUGGCUAUUUUAUUUAUAAACAGCUGACUCAUUUUUUAAAAAGAGCUUGACACCAUGUGGAACAAAAUCACCAAAACAUCACAAAUUCAGAAAAGCAUGACCUAGACAAAGUUUCUAACAUGUUGCCUCUUACUCAUCUUUUCUGUAAACUAAAAAGCUCCAAAUGCUACAAAUUUUCCUCACAGGAAAGUGCACAGUGGCCAGUGACUCUGCACAUUAAUUGCUCAGCUGCACAUUUCACUAAACAAUUAAACUAUUAAAAUUUUGGGAGAUUAGCAGCCAAACCCAACAAGUGCAUAUUAUUCCUAGCUAGCUUGAGAAGGGGCUAAGUCCACAGAGCUAUAUUGCUGAAAGGCAGAUACUCAGACCAUAGGAAUACAAUUGGUAGAGUGAGCUUGGUGUGAUGUCACUUCCCCUCUCCCGGAUAAUCUUAUUUUUAAACAUACUUUACAAGUUGUUGCCUGAUUCUUUGUUAAGUGUGGUAAGAGGGGGGAAGCCGGCUUGCUUUGUUAGCUGGACCUGCUCAAAACAAGGCUUUCCAUUCUUAAUUCCUUUGCUUUUUAGAUUUUAAAACCCACAAAUCUGGGAGCCUGGAGGGAUAUAUUUCAAUUAAUAUAUCAUCUCCUACCAAUAAAAACCCAUCCAUCCCACAAAAAUACAUUAUGCUCACAUAUGUCUGCCUAGACGAGAGCUGUUAAAGCACAUCGAGCCAAAAUUAUGUUUAUACUAAAUAGCGGGACGCAGGUGGUGCUGUGAUCUAAACCCCUCUUGGGCUUGCCGAUCAGAAGGCUGGCGGUUCUAAUCUCUUUCUUAAUUUCUUUCCUUUCUCAUUGAGGAGUAGGUCUCUGGGGAAUUCCAAGCCAAAAUUGUCUCCAUCUCUCUUCAUCAAACCCUCCCAUUCCCCACAGACCCAUUCCCCACAGUCAUCGCUAUAGUCCAAAAAGUAUUUAAAAGCAUAUUUCCAGGUCUCUCCAAAGUUAGGAACCUCCUCAGCUCCAAACUCCCCCUGGCCCACUCCAACUUCAAUCUUCAAUGACAGUGGCUUAUGCGCCUGUAGGGCCUCGGGUCUCUCCAUUUGUAUUAUUUGAGGUGCAACCGCAUCCUCCUCCAUUAUCUUCUGCACUUGCCCAGACAGUACAGGUUCAUGAGUUGGUUCCUGAAUGAUUUCUGUAUCAAUGUUCCCUGUUUGUCCACAGUUAUUAACCACAACAGUCAUCAAAUCCGUUUUCUCAUUCAUCAAAUCCAUCUUCUCGUGCAUCUGUUCCAGCAAGGCACUUGUCUUGCAUAGAGCAAGCUCCCAAUCUUCCUCCCAGCUCAUCUUUAGUCAAUGUCAGAAGAGACUGGUCCCACGAUCUUAAUCUCACAGCUGUUGAGUCCUCAAGUAUACUGCAGCAACAAUUUAACAAGCUCCCUCUAGAGGAGACAAUUUCUAUUUGUAUCCAUUUUUUUUUUUAAGGCAAGUCCAACAAAGGAAAAUUACUUUCAUUUUUCAGAUAUUUUUCAGAUAUUUUGUUUCUUUAGAAUGCAAAAGGCAACAUUGGAAUCAGUUUGUUUCUCUUCUUUAGCUAUCUGUCAAAGUAUUCCAUUCACAGUCAAUGAACCUCUCCAACAAUUUCUGUCUCUGACACCCCGUUCCCAGGUUAGAGGCAGUGGAAACUUAUCCUUCUUCACUCCCUCUCCUGCUAGGGUUGAACAAAGUCCCCCCCCCCUUUUCUCCUGCUUCCAAGGGGGUUUCAGUAAUUCUGAAUGAAGGAAAUUUAGACUUUUUUAACAGCUUUCCAGGCUUUAGCUUACAAAGUUUUUGCUUUAGUCUAUAUACAAAAAGCGGAAGGCGGACUUCGUGUUUUGAACCUUCCUGCUUCGAUGCCAAAUUGAAAUAUUUCUUAAUCCAAUUUUCCGUUUCUACUCACGGGUACUUGUUUUAAAUCCAAUUGUCCACAGGAAAAAGUCAGCGCUCUCCGGCAAUGGCUGUGCGGCUUCACUCCGUGAAAAUAGCAAUCAGUUCGCAGCACCGCGCCACUCACCCCACUUCGCUCCGGCGCCCCAAAAUGGGGUUCCCGGUGAGUAGGUGGGGGCGCUCCUGGUGCCCUGCCGAACCCCACGUUCCCAGGCUUCCUCCACCUGGGAUUUCUAGCGGGUCCCCACCUUCACCGCGGUGGGAAGACCCAGUUUCCACGGAGCCCGUUCCUCCAGUCGGAGGAACUCCGCCAUUCACCGAUGGCGCUGACCCGGAAGUCCCAUCCUUGGUACAUUUUAACCUACCCUGCCUUCUGCUUUUGUUACGUAGUCUUCCUUACUUUUUAAUAUUUGCAGAGUAUCACAGUCCUAUAUUAUGCACUGAUAGUUUUAAUUACAU